AUGACGAGUUUACUCUUCUUCUUCUUCAGCGUCUUCACCACCCUUGUUUUGACGCUUUCUCUUAACUCUACCAGCUCUACCCCCACCGUAUGGAGAGUUGUUAGCAAAGUCAAUGUGCUUUUGAGACUCCAAUCUAACCAUGAAAGAUGGAACGUUGACGAUCUGCUUACCGACGGCAAUGUGUCUUUGAGCAAUCAACACUCUAGCGUGGUGGAUAGAUCUAGCCAAACCCAAUUUGAAAACUUGAGUUUGCAAUCUUCUCUCCAAGAAAUCUUCUGGUUUCAAAGCCAAGACGUAAUCCAACUUCAUCUUGUCCUCUGGCAACACACCAACCUUCACCAAUCUUCUGAUCAAAGCAUUACCUUCGAACAAUCUCUUUGGGUCCUUCUCGUCUCUGGUCAACAAGUCACGAGCGGCUCUUCUGAUCUUGGACAAUUGGAAUUGAAUUCUGUAGAUUUCUCUCUUGUUCUUCAAUCCAAAUUCACCAGCCAACUUCAAUUCACUGUCCAAACGGGCAGACUCAUAUGGCUGCUUUGGCACAGAGUAGGUCUUAGAGUAAGUUCUUGGGGCACCUGA